AUGGACCGAUCAUCGCCUCGUCAUCUCGAAGAUGCGUAUUCGCCUACAGCCUCGCAGGAGACCACAAGGUAAGCGACCCCCAGGUAAGCUGAAUGUUGCUUUGUUGUCUUUGCCUGCUCACCGUCUCCAUUUCAGCAAUGAGCUAGCUCAACGGCUAGACAACCUUCCUAUCGCUGCCGAGAACGCCUCCGUGGAUAACCGCUGGUGUCAACUGCGUGACACGGUCCAGUCGACGGCGCUCGCCGUCCUCGGUCGCGAUCCCCCCAACACUAGGACUGGUUCGACGACAACGACGCCGCCAUCAGAAAUCUGCUAG